ACAGAGGCGACAGGGGUCCCUGCUGUCUGUCCGCCAUGGACGAGGCUGACCGGCAGCUCCUGCGGCGGUGCCGGGUACAGCUGGUCGGUGAGCUGCAGGUUGCCUCGCUUUGGGACGCUCUGCUGAACCGCGAACUCUUCACUCCCGACAUGAUCGAGGACAUUCAGAGGGCGGGCUCAGGAUCUCGGCGUGAUCAGGCCAGGCAGCUGAUCAUAGAUCUAGAGACUCGAGGGAGUCAGGCCCUUCCUUUGUUCAUCUCCUGCUUGGAGGACACAGGCCAGGACACUCUGGCUUCAUUAUUGAAGACCAAUAGACAAGCAGCAAAACAGGAUGUAGAGGCCAUCAGACCCCUGGAUCUCAAACCGGUGGUGCUUGGACCAGAGGGCCUCAAACCAGAGAAGCUGAGAGUGGUGAAACAGGACCCAUCAAAGCUGAGCCAAGGAAAACUCGCUCCAGUGGUGCUGGGACCAGAGGAGCUCUGGCCAGCCAAACUCAGGCCUGAGGUUCUCAGACCAGAGGUACCCAGGCCAGUGGACAUUGGUUCUGGAGGAUUCACUGAUGUCUGUACUCAGGACAGAGCCAAGGGAAAUGCCGAUCUGGCCUACGUCCUGAACGCAGACCCCUGUGGCUACUGCCUGAUCAUCAACAACGUGAACUUCUGCCACGAGUCGGGGCUCAGGACCCGCACAGGCUCCAGCAUAGACUGUGAGAGGAUGCAGCGACGCUUCCACCUGCUGCAGUUUGCAGUGGAGGUGAAAUGUGACCUGACUGCCAAGCAAAUGGUCCAGGCUUUGAUGGAGCUGGCACGGCGGGACCACGAUGCUCUGGACUGCUGCGUGGUGGUCAUCCUGUCUCACGGCUGUCAGGCCAGCCACCUCCAGUUCCCAGGGGCUGUUUAUGGCACAGAUGGAUGUCCUGUGUCCAUCGAGAGAAUUGUGAACACCUUCAAUGGAACUGGCUGCCCCAGCUUGGGAGGGAAGCCCAAGCUCUUCUUCAUCCAGGCCUGUGGUGGAGAGCAGAAGGACCACGGGUUUGAGGUGGCCUCCACUUCCCCUGAAGAUAAGACCCCCAGUAGCGACCCUGAGACGGAUGCUACCCCAUUCCAGGAAGGCCCACGUUCCAUCGACCAGCCGGAUGCCGUGUCUAGUUUGCCCACACCCAGCGAUAUCUUAGUGUCCUACUCCACCUUCCCAGGCUUUGUCUCCUGGAGGGAUCCCAAGAGCGGCUCCUGGUACAUCGAGACCCUGGACAGCGUUUUUGAGCAGUGGGCUCACUGUGAAGACCUUCAGACCCUCCUCCUCAGGGUCGCGAAUGCUGUUUCAGUGAAAGGAACUUACAAACAGAUCCCUGGCUGUUUUAAUUUUCUCCGGAAAAAACUUUUCUUUAAAACAUAAUGAGAUCAGGACCCCUCACCCUGCCUUACUGUUCACCCUGAAACUUUCCUGCUCCAGCUCUGGCUGUGGCUAAGGCCUGGACUUUUCUGCAACUGUGGCUGACAUCCAUCGGAGGAUUCUGUAGCCGGUAGAGGCUCUGCUGUUUCCCCACGGGCUGCAGACAGUCCUAGUAGCUUCCAAGUUGGAGCCAAAUGACCAGCCAUGGAGGAGGAGGAGCAGAACGCCGUGGACACUAUAGGGCUUUUUGCCCGUGACCCAUUCAUGGCUCGUGGCUGUGGCCUGUGACCCCUGUGUUUUCUCUACAUCAGGGCUUCUCAGCUUCAGCACAGCUGACAAUCGGGCCAGAGAAUCCUUUGUUGUAGGGCCAUCCUGUGCACUGUGGGAUGCUGAGCAGCCUGGCCUCCAUCCACCUCUCUUGAGUCUUGACAACCAAACAUGUCUUCAGACAUUGCCAAAUCUUCCUCAUAGACCCCUACUGGGGAACCACUGAUCUAUAGGAAAUUUUGGCUACAAACAAACUAGCAUCUCUCUUAGAUCAGUUUAGGGCUACCAGAGUCUGAAGAGCUAGAAUUUGUAAAUCCUAAAUGAAAUUUUAAAAAUUAUCAAGUUUUUCUAUAUUGCAGUGUUCUUAAAAAAAAAAAGGUGAAUAUGGACUCUCUUUCACCCAUUUCCCCCUUAUUUUGCUCUAACUUUUUAUUGUUUCUUUUAUAUAAAGGAGACUAUGGCUUUUUGGGAAAUAUUUCCCCAGCUCUUACCUUUUUUGAACCCCUUAUCCCAUCCCAAGAAGUGGCUGGGGUGGGAGCCGUGUGUUGGGGAAGGUUAAGUCACUUGUCUACGGAACGCAAUUAACCAGUGGAGAGACAUGGGCAGACUUGGGCCUUCUUCAGUCCAGCCUGUGUCUUCCUGGCUUCAGGACCCUUGUACCCCCCAUCCCCCACCCACCUGCUGAGCCUAUAAGCUCAGCUUAAAGACCCUGAGCCUGUUUCUUGCUUUCAGGGCCUUAAACACGAGUACAGUUUUCUAAUAAGACUCUCACCAAGAUGUGAUUCAAGUAGUUGUCACUUUAUUGUUAUUUUUCUCCUGUGACCUUUCCAAGUCUGAAACAGUCCCAGGGACUUCUGGUGGUUAGUUAUUUUCAAUCACCUGCAGGACACACAAGAAAAUAAUUAGAUUAACUCAGCAGAGCAAGCCUUGUGUGCAGAUUCCCAGCUUUCUCCCUCCCCACUCUGCACUGCCUGUGUGAAUCAGGCAGCUGGAGUUGAAGCAGUUCUCCCCAGGAGCUCUAAUGAUGCUUGGGAGAAAAGAUGUCAUCACAGCUUUAAAUGGAUUUCCUGUAAAAAAGGAGUCUUAGCCAGCAGUUCAGUUUGGGCUUCAGGGCGGAGGUGGAGUGGGGCUGGGAAUUCUUAAAAGUUACAUGCCAAAUGUAUGGAUGGGCAUGUUUGUAGAUGUGAUUUGUUUCUCAAAGAUUUGAGAGGCCCAAAAUUGAUAACAAUUGCUGCUGUUUGCCAGGCACUGUUGUGUGCUAUGGAAGGGGCUAUAACCUGUUUUUAGAAGCUGUUUGGCAUCUACUAAACAUUCUAACGUGCCAACUCCAUGAUCCUUUGAUGCUGCAGGAUCUGUGUAGCAUAGAGACUCUGGCCAGUGCAAGGAUGUAUGUCCAAGGAUGUUCAUUGCAGCCAUAUAAGAGAGGAAAAUAGGAAAAGAGAUGAAAGCUUCAUUCAUUAUAUUCAUACUAUGGAAUCUUAAUUAGAAUGAAUAGAUAUCUAUGGGCUCACAUGUAUAGUGCAAUACAGUGUUAAGUGAAAAAACCAAGUUGCAGAACAGUAUGAGAAGUAAAAUCCUAUUUUUGGUUAGAAGACAGCGUGUUUAUAUGUACGUAUAUAGAUAUUUUAUAGAGGCACCUAAAUAAAUCAAGAAGACAACACACCAAGUGUUAGUUAUGAUUAUCUCUGGAUGGUGGGAUUGCAGGUGUCAUACAAAUGAGGGGCGUCUACUUUUUGACUUGAUACACUCCUAUAUUCUUUUCAUAUUUUUUACCAAGAGUAUGUAUUACCUUCUAAAAUAAAAAUAAAGCUGGUGAA